AUGCAAUCAUUUCGAAAUGGAAAGAUUUAUUUAAUUCAACAAUUUUUUGAAGCUAUUCAAUAUUUGCCCGAACCUAAAAGAAUUGCAGGUUUUCCUCCCAAACAAACAACAGCCUUGUAUCACUUGGAAAAAGAUGAACGAUUAAAGCCUUCAAAAUUAUCGGAAAUUUUGCAAAAUGAUGAUGAAACUACAAUCACCAUCAAGAUAAUGUACAUAAUAAUGGAAGUUGUGAAAACAUAUCCUUCCUCGAAAUUAGUAGAGUUUUUCCCAUUUUUUGAAUAUAUUAUUGAAUUGGAUCAGGAAAUGUAUAAUAAUUUGUUAAUACUUAGACAAGUUGUUUAUCCAAAUCAAGAAACGAGUCGCUCAACAAAUGAAACUGUUGAUACUGCGUUUAAGAGAAUGAGUUUUCAAAAUGAAAUACCCGAGUGGAAGCUAUUUACAUUUUUAUUAUUUUCAAGGAUUUGUCAUCGAGGAUUUUAUAAUGAAUUUUUGGAAUAUUCAACAGAAUCAGGAAAUGUACUUCAAAAUGUACCAUUAUUUCAGUUGGUGUUGCUUGAAUAUUUUAGACGAAAGAAGGCUAAUCAUUUAUCAAAAUAUUCUGACCACUAUUGGAUUAGCUAUGAAGAAUUCGUAAUUGUGGGACAAACAUUGGAAUUUUUCAAUCAAUACGUAUAUUGGAUGGAUUCUAUUGAUGAAGAAUCUGAUGAGUUUAUAUCAGUAUUGAAAAUAGAACAACUCCGAAUGAUAAAAAUGAUUAUAGAAAAACUGAUUAGUAUAACAUACGAAUUGUCAGAAGUAUUUGAUUUCCGAUUCGAAACUAAUAUUGGAGAUAUUGCAAAAUAUCUGUCCAACAUAGGAACCAAAUUAAUUUCUACAUUAUGCUCCUCCUAUUUUGAGUCAGUUCAAACAAUUCUUCAAUGUUUGGGAAAUGAUUUUGCAAAAAUUGGUAAUAAGAUUAAUUCGGAUAUGUUUUGUCACGGAAAGACAGUCGGUAUGAUAAAACAGAAAAUUAUCAAUAUUUCAGGAUCAGUCAUCCAAUCCAUGUUUUUCUCCAACUUGUUAGAUCCAUUCUUUAAUACGAGACAGAUAGUAGAGACUGUACUGAGGAGUUUUGUAGAUCCUUAUUUAAAGAUAUUACUACUUGAACUGCAGAAAGAUGCAAAAUCUGAAGAGGAUGUAUUAAUCAAAGAAACGGCAUGUAAAUCAGCAGGAUAUUAUAGUGCUAUUUUUGGUAAACUACUUUACCAGGUUUCUCUUAAUUUAAAUAAUCAAUUUGGUGAAUAUUUGGAACAUAUUCAAUUUCUCAAAAAUUUCAAUGAUGAAAUUAUUGACAUUAUGGUGAAUAACUUGAAGGAUGAAAACUUGAAUGUGAGAAAGACUACGUGUAUUUCUCUGUCAAACUUCCUUUCUUCUAGAGAAAUUAGACCAUCGGUUUUUUCACAAAUUGUCGAGUAUUUUAAAUAUAAUUUAGAUAACUUUAGAACCUAUUCUAAUUUGAUUACAGUAAUUUUGAAAUUUUUACAUAGAGAUAAUUUGAGAGAUGCCCACACUUUAUUAAUUGCCAACACUUUCCUUUCGAAUCUAUGUGAAUAUUUAGAGAGGGCUAAUUUAGACCAAUUCAAGGAGUGGAAAGUUUUGACUACUUGUGUCUACUAUUUGGGACAUAAUAUAUCAAUCAGUAUUCUGAAAGAUUUUUUAGAUUUCAUUAAGGAACAUAUUAGAAAAUUUUUACAACAAAAAAGAUCUAAAUUGAUACAUUAUUUCCUACCAAUACUUGGAUCAUUCUUGAAAACGGCUCAGCCAAGUACCAUUUAUGUGAUUGAAGAAUUGGGAAUUUUAAAGGAUUUGAAUGAUUUACUCCAUCUAUUUGCCAGUAAGAAAGAAUAUCACGAAUCUUUCUUCAAAUUAAUUGAUGGCAUGUUUAUGGCAAAUAUUUUCAAGAAUUUAAAUUGUUUGAAAGAGGAGACAAAUAUUGUGAAAGAUUUUGUACAGCCUUUCUUAUCUAAUUAUUUAUUCGAGAAGGUUCAAGUUGUGAAUAGGAAUAAUACCACUUCGUUUGAUGCAUGCGUACCGUGUAUAGUCUCUUUUGGAAGAAUGGUGGAAUAUUUUGUUAUUGUGAGACCAACCGAUGAACAAUGGCUUGAUAAUUUGGCUAAGGAGUCUAUUCAAACUAUGAAAGAAUUAUUGACCCAUGUUACCCUAUUCUCAUUGGAUGAUGCUUCAAGAAUUACUGAUGCAAAAAUCAAUCUUAGAGUGGAAUCAGUGAGGUCACUUAUUUUGUUGAGCUAUUUAAACAUUGAUGAUGUUGCACAAAUUUUUGUAGAUCAUGUGGAUGAUUUUUUCCUCUUUGAUGAUGUCCCAGAUAGAUUUGAUUCGAGUAUUAUUGAGUUUGGCUUUUUGCAAUUAUUGGAAUAUUCUAUUGAUCAUAUGAAACUAGAUAUGAGACAAAGCUAUGGGGAUUUGUUGAGUAGAAUUGAUGAUUACAUUUAUGGUGAAGUGUUUUCAAGGAGAUCAUGUAGGUUGACAUUACAUUGGCGAAGAGUUACAGAAAAGCUAAAGUUGUAA